UUAAUUAAGCACUUUGCUUCUGCAUAUUUGUACUCAUUUCUUUGUGCAUGUUUCAGGGAUUUAGUGCCAAUUUAGGCAAAGCACGCAUUUUUUAAAUAAAAUCUCCAAGUCUAGUGAGCCAAAGUUGGUCGCUUGUUUGGAAAUGCACUUUUCUCAAAAAUGGGUUUGGUUUGGGUUUGGCAUUGGAAUCCGUACUGUUUAAUGUUCGGGUUUGGGUUUGGAGUUGGAGAUGGGUCCCUCUUAAUAAUCUGUUUGUAUAACUUUUUUUUUUUUUUUUCAAAGAUUUGGGCAACUUGAUUAGUUUAGAGCAGUCGGAAUUGUUGAAAAGCAAAGUCUCCACCAAUUGUUUGUGUCUGAAAUGGAAGAAAGCGGUGGGCAAGACCCAGUAGCUAAAUCUAGGGUUUUGAAUGUGAGGCCAUUACGAUGUCUGGUUCCCAUAUUCCCUUCAACCCCUAGUUUCACUUCAUUUCCCCAUACCCAAGCUGCUGCCCCUUUUGUUUGCGCCUCUCCUUCUGGUCCAUUCCCCUCUGGUUUUGCACCCUUCUACCCAUUUUCUGCUUACUCAGAUGCUCAAAACAUGCAAACUCCGCCUUUUGGGUUCAGUGGCACCAUUCCAGCUCCGGUUCCCAUCAAUUCAUUCAGGACUGCAGCAAAUGGAGAUGCAGGGUCAUCCAGAAGGAGUUCCAGAGGCCGCGGUCCAUCGCAAUCUGAAGAAGAUGGUUACAGCGAUAGCAUUCAUGCAACUGAUGCAGAAGAUUCAAGCAAGGUUGCCAGUGCCACCACAAAGAAAAAGACUCAGAAGAGUAGUUGGGCCAGCAGCAGCCAGGAUAUCGAUGCUGCUUACUCGGAUGUGGAUAUCGAUGCUAUGGUUGAUAAAAUUCUUGAGUCAUUCAAUCUCAUUGAUUUUGAUACAUUCAGGCGAGCUGAUGGUGACAAGCAGUCGGUAGGAUACAUUCGUUUGAUCUAUGAGGUGCUCCGAAGAAAAAUUUCUCAAAUUGAGGAUUCAAAGGAAUCUACUCCCGGAGUAACAAGACGGCCUGACUUAAGAGCAGGAACAAUCUUAAUGAACAAAGGGAUUCGAACUAAUAUCAGGAAGAGAAUUGGUGUUGUACCUGGUGUGGAAGUGGGGGAUAUUUUCUUUUUCAGGAUGGAGAUGUGCUUAAUUGGAUUGCAUGCUCCAAUUAUGGCCGGUAUUGAUUACAUGGGCCUCAAGGUAUCUCAAGACGAAGAGCCAGUAGCAGUUAGCAUUGUCUCAUCUGGAGGAUAUGAGGAUAAUUCGGAGUACGGAGACGUGUUGAUUUACAGUGGCCAAGGUGGCAAUGUUUAUAAGAGAGGCAUGGAAAUAACAGAUCAGAAGCUUGAAAGGGGUAAUCUUGCUUUAGAGAAGAGCUUGCACCGGGGUAAUGAGGUUAGAGUGAUUCGCGGUGUAAAGGAUGUAGCAACUCUAACUGGAAAGAUAUAUGUUUAUGACGGUCUUUAUAAAAUCCAGGAAUCAUGGGUGGAGAAGGGGAAGUCUGGCUGCAAUGUAUUUAAGUACAAAUUAGUUAGGUUAUCUGGGCAGCCUGAAGCAUUCAAUGUAUGGAAAUCUGUUCAGCAGUGGAAGGAUGGCAGUGCUGAUAGAGUUGGAGUUAUACUGCCAGAUCUCACUUCUGGGGCAGAAAGUAUUUCUGUUUCUCUUGUAAAUGAUGUUGAUGAUGAAAAGGGGCCAGCAUAUUUCACAUAUUCUCCCCACCUAAAGUACUCAAAACCUGUAAAUUCAACCGAAUCUUCGACUGGCUGCAGUUGCCAUGGUGGUUGUCUAGCUGGUAACUCCAACUGCCCUUGCAUUCAACGAAAUGGUGUACAUCUCCCAUACGUUGCAAAUGGAGUUCUUGUCAGCCAAAAAGCUUUGAUACACGAGUGUGGUUCUUCGUGUAAGUGCCCUUCUAAUUGUAAGAAUCGGGUAUCUCAGAGUGGUCUGAGAGUUCGUUUAGAGGUGUUUAAAACUAAAGAUAAAGGUUGGGGUCUGAGGUCAUGGGAUCCCAUCCGUUCUGGGGCUUUUAUUUGUGAAUAUGCAGGGGAAGUGAUUGAUAUUUCUAGGGCAGAAGAGUUUGGAGGUGAAAAUAAUGAUGAUUAUAUUUUCAGUGCAACUCGCACUAAUUUGCCUGGGGAAGCUAUGCUGGGUGUAUCUAAUGAGACUCCAAAGAUCCCAUUUCCUCUAAUUAUAAGUGCAAAAGAUGCUGGUAAUGUAGCUCGGUUUAUGAACCACAGUUGCUCCCCAAAUGUAUUCUGGCAGCCAGUUUUGCGUGAGAAUAGCAAGGAGUGUGAUCUUCAUAUUGUAUUUUAUGCAAUCAGACACAUUCCUCCAAUGACAGAGUUGACAUAUGGCUAUGGAAUUGUUCCACCAGAUACAGCACACCAGAGGAAAAAAAAAUGCCUUUGUGGAUCAGCAAAGUGCGUAGGUUACUUUUACUAAUGGUGUAUCAACUUGUGAAUUUGGAUCAACAUAGUCUUUGCCAGCUCGUGGUUUGAGAAAGAGCUCUGGCUGUAGCAAACCAAGCUAGACCAAAUUGUUCAACUUGCUAGCUUAAUGGAACAUGGAAUGAAGACUUCAUAUAUUGAAUUUACAGGUAUGUAGGCUUACCGACUUUCCUGUUUGUGGCUGCUGAAUGGGCACGGAAUGAUCCCUUCUCACUUUUUCUUCAUCCGGCAUCCAUGUUCUUGUACUAUUAAUUUGUACUAGAGUUUUGAACUUCUAACAUUGGAACAUUAGUUGAAGUUAUUUCUAGCAUUUGUAUAGUCUAGUUGAGUUUUUUCUAUCUCAAUAUUUUCUGUAAUCAACUCAAGUUAUUUUUGUCUGAAAUGUUCUCUUCUAGAUUAUUUUCCCCCCUGUUGUAAGGUGCACUGAUCAAAUUGAACAAAAAUUUACCUGAGCCACCAAGAUUCCUUGUAUAGAACUGUUGGACAGGUCUUGUUUGUUCUAGCACCUGAGGCCCUAGGAAUUAGGUUAAAUAGAAGGUUCUGUAAGUAUUUUUGGAUAUGUAAUUAAUACUUGAAGUCUCUUAAGGAAAAGGAAUUAUUAUUAUUAAGGUUAAUGUUAUGAAUGGGUCAUAAACUAUAAUAAAAUAUUUAAUGUGAUAUUUGAAUUAUAAAUCUAUUAAAUAAUGCAGUAUUCAUUUAUAGUUUGAUUGUUUUAGAUAAUGAUUAGA